AUGAGUAGCAUCUUUCUCCCCUAUCUCCAAAGUAUCGAGCCAGACGCGCAAUUCACCUUCGAUUUACCCCUCGUCAAAUCAUCCACAGGAAAAAGGUACUAUGCUAAGGUUGGAAGCCCGGGGGAGAAGGACCAAUAUGUGGGAGAAGCAGAAUCGCUCCGCGCCAUCUACGAAGCUGCGCCUGGGCUGGCGCCAAGGUUAUUGGCUAGCGGCACUACGGGAGACGAUGCACCAUCGGGACCUGGAAAUCCAUUCUUCCUCUCUGAGUACAUGGACAUUGGCAGUCUGACCGUCCAAACGGCAGAGUUGCUGGGCGAAAGACUUGCGAAGGAAUUGCACGCUUUCAAGAGUCCCAAAGGAUUCGGGUUUGCCGUUCCAACAUAUUGUGGAGCCACCAGACAAGACAACGGAUGGUUUGGCACUUGGGAAGAGUGUUUCAGCGCAAUGAUCAAGAAUCUUCUACAGAAGCUUCCGAGUGAAAGAAGAUAUGCCGAAUUGUCGCAUAAGGGAGAGGAGGUACGGACGAGAGUCAUACCGUGGCUCCUCCAACCGUUAGUGAUUGAACCUAGUUCUGCUACACGUCUGGUAACACAGGGACCUAACAGGAAAACGGGUCAACCGGUCAUUUUUGAUCCGUCGUCCUACUACGGACACAACGAAGCUGAUCUAGCGAUUGCUCGUAUAUUUGGAGGAAUACCAGGCAGCUUCUUCGUUGCAUACCACAAGCACAUGCCCAAGACCGAGCCUGUCCAGCAAUACAACCUCCGUGGAGAUCUUUACGAGCUUUAUCACUACUUGAACCACACGGCACUGUUUGGAGGUGGAUAUGCCGGUAGUGCUCUUCAGAAAAUGAAUAAGUUGUUGAGGGCCUGUCCACUUGUAUAG